GGAAGUGAAGUGUUGCAGGUGUAGCCGUUCAAAAAACUGGUCUAGAGUAUAUAGCGUUUCACUAGGUUGCGACGCGGUAGUCCUUUUAAAAUAGAUUAACUAUGGAUAUGAUGACUGGAGAGCUUACAAAACUAUACUUCUACGAGUCCAGGCUUGAAACAUUUAAAGGUUGGCCUUUCGAAGAGGACUGUAGUUGUACCCCCGAAAACAUGGCUAAAGCAGGAUUCAUUCAUACACCGUCCGAAAAUAGUCCCGACGUCGCUCAGUGUUUCUUCUGUCUCAAAGAACUGGAGGGAUGGGAGCCUGAAGAUGACCCUUUGAAAGAGCACAAGGCCCACUCUUCUCAGUGUGACUUUGUUGCUCUAAAAAAGCCUGUGGAACAACUGACAGUGGAGGAGUUCCUCAAGCUCCAGAAGGAGAGACAGAAGUUCCAGAUUAGGAAGACAUGCAAUCAAGCCAUCGAUAAAUUUCAAGAGGCAGCAACAGUCAGAAGAGGCCAGAUUAUCAAGACUUCGAUGGGAGAGGAGUAAUCCUUGGCCUGUGAUCACACUGCUGGACACCUGUCCCUCUGUCUUACACUCUCAGACAUCGGUUCAGUGGAUGGAGAAAAACUCACCCUUUGUGAGGGUAUAUGUCUUCAGACGCAGAUCAACAAGACUCCAGUUUUAUUUGGCAUAUUCUACUGAGCAACUCUGAGUGAAAACAUUAAUAUUUAUCUCCUUUGACAAGCUUUGUCAUUGUGUUUGCCAAUUAUCCUUUUUAUAGGCUUUUGAGAUUCAUAUGUGUAAAUUCAUACUUUCCAGACUUGUGUUCUUAUUCUGUCCACUCAUUUCUUUUAUUUUUAAUAAAGCCCACUCCCUCAAUAACCACGGGUAGGCUA